UCGAUCAGUGACAGCGAGAAAACAACAUUCCAAAAAGAUUAUUGACAAUCUGAAUGUAUGUUUAGUUUGUAUAGGCUUUUCGGAUACACCAAAAAAAUUCUACCAUCAGGGAAUAUCUACGUAAGGUUUAGUUUAACAAGAUUAUCAAGUGUAAAAUGUGUCUUUAAGCCGCUUAGAGAACGAAGAUUACGAGUCAUUGAAACAUUUGAUUGCCUGCACCGCAGCUACCGGUACUUUGAAGUUGUAGAACGGAAUUGCAUUUUGUGGCCCCCAUUUCUAUCCCUAUCUCGAAGUUUUUAACUGAGAGUCAACUCAGAGUUCACCCGCCAUAAAACUAUCUUGAGUGUCGAACAAAUUGCUGGAUGGCUAGUACUCAGUUCGUAGACAAUGUGCUUAGUUUGAUUGUAUUGAAGAAAGGUUUCUUGAAUGAAUAAAAACGGCUGAUUAUAUAUUUCCACCGUUGUGUGAAAUCUAGGAUUUUAUUCAACUUACGGGUGGGAAUUUCGUAAGUCCAUAAUGGACUCAGUUCUGUUGGUGUCAGAUAAGCUGAGUCUGUUCACGAGAGCUUCGGAUGGCCGUUUUAAUCAGGUUUCCACAAUCCGGCCUCGCGACCCGGCGCAGCUGAAAGAUGUUCAGCUAUCACCAGAUGGUCGCCAGUUGAUGGCAAUCAGUUCGAAUCCAGAUCACGGAAUUUGUUUCGCUUGUCUCACCAAAAUUCAAGACCGAUGGCUUUAUUAUGACUACUUCCCUUCUGAGUUCCGUGUGACCUGUGGAGUAUUUUCACCUACUCGAAAUCACAUAGUAUAUUUUGGUACAGCAACAGGAGGUAUUAUUGAAUUUGAUCUCAAGGUUAAAGGCUUCAACAUUCUUACCAAGGGCCGCAAUGAGGUCGGUCCUCCGGCAACUUCGAUUGACGUCAAUGCCAUGGGCAGUCACGUGGCGGUUGCAAUCGGAGGUUCCCUUCUUGUGCAUAGCAUAAGAAAUAAGGUCGACACAGUUAUCGAAUACGAUGCUUCAAAGAAUGCGCAAGUUCUUCUACGAUUUCAUCCGACACAGCAAUUUUGCCUUGGCAUUUUUUCAUCAGCCGAAGGCGCAGCUGUCCUUGAAUUCUCGACAGGCACCAUACAGCCGCCACCAUCUUCAGUCCGUUGGCGAGCGCCACCUGGCGAAGAGCACAUCUGUGAACCGUUAACAUUGCUUUGGGCCGGAACCUCAGGUCUAAUAACCGUUGCUGUAGAUCGAAGGGUUGUUCAGUAUUCAGCCAAAGGGUGUGGUCAACUCUACCGACAUGACAAACGCGUCACGAGUGCAGGAAUAUUACGCGAAGGUGCUGAGCUUCUACUAGGCUUAGCCGACGGACUUGCUUGUCUAGAUAUUCGCCGACGACAACUGUUAUGGACCAAAGAUACUAUAUUUUCGAGGCCGGUCGAAAUGAUAAGUCGAGCCAAACACCAUCUGCCGGUAUCUAGGGAAUCAUCAGGAGUUGAGUGCAUGUAUCCGCAAUUGGAACCCUAUAAUCUAGAAACACGAUCUAAAAGUGUGAGCGCGAGAACGGGACUUGCUCUCAAAGUCGAUGACGUUGCGCAAUGUGUUAUCUCACCAGUACGAGGGGACGAGGUUCGUAUCGGCCAGAUAAAACUAGAUGAUCAGAGGAAAAGCUCGUUAAGCACCCUAAUUUCUCCACCACGAGGCUAUACUGGGGGGUCGAGGAAACAGUUAGCCCGUGCAGUCGAGGGCGCAGUUGCCGAAGACGUGCUUAGAACGAACUCACUAAGUGCUUGGAUUUCUCCACCGCGGGACUGUGUAGAUCUGAAAAAGCUUUCAUCCCAAACUACGGAUUUCACCGAAUUUAGAGACAAGAUGCAGACUUCGGAGAACAAUCACGUCUUGCAGUCAACAAUCAUAAGCGAUUAUGACAGGUUUCACAAGGAUCUUAUCGACAUUGGAUUGGACAGUUCUUCGCCUACAAAAAGUGAACGUCCGCCAUUAUCACUUAAGCAAAUGAUGGGAUCGGGUGUACAGAGUAAGGCGCCAGUCAGUGUCUCCAGGGCGAAAAACAUCUUUUGUAACGUCGAUGCGUCACGUUCCUUAUCAAAGAACGACUCUGACGGUUCUUUGGCGGCCUCAAUUGUACAGCAGAACAAGCUUUUACAGCGUUUAGUCGAGAGCUCUGAAAGACUUGAGAAUACCAUGGAGAAGGUCCUCGAGGAGGUGCGGUAUCAAGGUUGUACAACACGAAACCUCGUCGAGCACAGCCUAAACCUUGACAAGGCUUACCAUCGAGAAACGACGGGAAUUCUCACUAUGAUGUAUGACGCUCAACAGGACCAGUGGCUGGACGUCGUAAACGAAGCGAAAGCCUACGUUGGCCAAAAGCCAGCUUACAUGUAAUAUACUUGAUCAGUAUAUAGUCGGCUCCGUUAUGCAUGAAGGCUUUGGCAGUGCAAACCGACAAUUUGUCUAUAUACAAUUUUUUUUUUGAUUUUUUAUUGCAGCAUCUGUUAGCACAAAUAAAAUCAAACAAACCA